AUGUCAUUCACCACCUCCUUCCUUCCAUCUCUCCUCCACGCUAGACCAUCUCCAACGGCCACUUCAAUCUUACGAUCGAAUCUCCGAUCAUUCCAUCCCCCACCUGCGUUCCGUCGAUUCCACCAAAACCAACCUCGAGUCAUCUCCUUAGCUAAAUCCCAUCCGGCACCCAAGCGGAUCUCACCUUUAUCGCUGGGUAUCGGAGCAGCAGUAGCCUUCACCUCUUUAUCUCUAACAUUACCGAACCGACAAGUCCGAUGCGAGUCUGUGUUAACCCCUCCUUCAUCAGGGAGGACAUCACCUUUACCCGAUGAUCCUCAACCAGGAAGUGUCCUUAGUGUCUAUGAGCUAUCAUUCGGGGCGGUAUGUGGGAUCUGUUCAGGUGUAUUUAUCAAGAAAGGUGCAAGGGCAAUUGCAUUUCUGCUAGGUGGUGUUUUCAUUUUACUCCAAUACCUAUCGAGUAAAUCGUAUAUACAUGUUGACUGGACCAAACUUGGUGGGCGAUACGAUUCAGCAUUCGGCAGUAAGGCUUCCACAGGCGGAUAUAAAGGUCCUACGGUCGGUGGUGUUUAUAGUAAGAUUGUAGAUUUCUUAACUUCCAAUUUCCAACAACGAGCAUCUUUCCUUGCUGGGUUGGUAUUGGGUCUGAGACUCGGAUAG